AUGGUAGCAGCAGGAGCAGUAGUAGCAGCAGCAGCAGCAAUAAUCGAAGCAGCAGCAGCAAUAAUUGCUGCAGCAGCAGCAAUAGUAGCAGCAGCAGCGGCAAUGAUCGUAGCAGCAGCAGCAAUAAUCGCAGCAGCAGCAGCAAUAAUUGCUGCUGCUGCAGCAGCAAUAGUAGCAGCAGCAGCGGCAAUGAUCGUAGCAGCAGCAGCAAUAAUCGCAGCAGCAGCAGCAAUAAUUGCUGCAGCAGCAGCAAUAGUAGCAGCAGCAGCGGCAAUGAUCGUAGCAGCAGCAGCAAUAAUCGCAGCAGCAGCAGCAAUAAUUGCUGCAGCAGCAGCAAUAGUAGCAGCAGCAGCGGCAAUGAUCGUAGCAGCAGCAGCAAUAGUAGUAGCAGCAGAGGCAAGAACAGCAAUAAUGGCAGCAGCAGCAGCAGCAGCAAUAGUAGCAGCAACAGCAGCAAUAAGAGUAGCAGCAGCAGCAGGAGCAGCAGCAGCUGCAGGAGCUGCAGCAACAUCAGCAGCAAGAGCAGCAGCAGGAGCAGCUGCAACAGUAGCAGCAACAGGAAGAACCGCAGCAGCAACGGAACAGGAGCAGCAGCAGCAACAGCUGCAGCAGCAGCGGCAGCAGCAGCAACAGCAGCUUCAACAACAGCAGCUGCAGCAACAACAGCAGCAGCAAUAG